ACCCCCGGUCCCCCCCGCCAUGUAGCCGCCCGCGCCCGCCCGCCAUGGAGCCGCCGGACAACGCCAUCAUCGCCCUGCACUACAACUACACGGGCAAGCUGCACGCCGGGCGCUACCGCGGCAGCCUGCGGCCCGAGGCCGUCGCCUUCCUGGCCGUCUGCGGCGUCAUCGUCCUGGAGAACCUGGUGGUGCUGGUGGCCCUGUGGCGCGACAAGAAGCUGCACUCGCCCAUGUACUACCUGCUGGGCAACCUGACCCUCUCCGACCUGUUGGCCGGCGUGGCCUACACCGCCAACAUCGCCAUGUCCGGCGCCACCACGCUGCGGUUGACGCCGGCCCUCUGGUUCCUCCGCGAGGGCGGCGUCUUCGCCACCUUGGCCGCCUCGGUGCUCAGCCUGCUGGCCAUCGCGGUGGAGCGGCACCUCACCAUGGCGCGGGUGGCGGUGGCCCGCGGGGACAAGAAGGGGAGGAUGCUGGCGUUGGCGGGGGCCAGCUGGGGGGCGGCGGUGGCCUUGGCGGCGUUGCCGGGCCUGGGUUGGAAUUGCCUGGGGGACCUGGCGGCUUGCUCCACCGUGCUGCCGCUCUACUCCAAGGGCUACGUCUUCUUCUGCGUGGCGCUCUUCCUCGCCAUCCUGGUGGCCAUCGUCAUCCUCUACGCCCGCGUCUACCGGGCGGCUCGGGGCAGCGGGAGGCGCCUGGGGGGGAAACGGAGGGCCAGGGCUUACCUGGCUCUCUUGCGGACGGUGGCGGUGGUGGUGGGGGCCUUCAUCGCCUGUUGGCUGCCCCUCUUCCUCCUCUUGCUGCUGGACGCCUGGGGUUGCCCGGGGGCCUGCGCCGUGCUCUACCAGGCCGAUUAUUUCCUGGGGGUGGCCAUGGCCAACUCCUUGCUCAACCCCCUCCUCUACACCCUGACCAGCCGGGAGCUUUGCCGCGCCGUCGGGAGGUUGUUGGGGGCUGGGGGCUGCGCUCGGGACCCCCCCGGGGAAGGGACCAGGAGGGGGUUGCCCGGCACCGGGGGAGGCAGCGGGAGCCGUUCGGGGACGGCGAGGGCGGAGGGGGGGGACACCAGCGGCUCGAUGGGGCCCCAGGGGGGGAAAGGGGCGCAGGGGGGGCAGGGGUGA